CAUCCCUUCACAAAAUUACAACAACGGACACCGAAACCACCGCUUUCGUAGCUACCUAAACGUAGAAUUCACACCUUGCUGUCCUUAGUUUAAUCUGUCAGUUAUUUUGUAGCACGCUUCUAGCUAGCUAACUCAUGUCGGACUUCUGCAGGGUCGUUAGCUAACAAGUAUAAAUCAGUCACCGGUUGUUUUGGCGUGGAGUGGUUGUUAGCCCUUAACGUUAUUCGUUAGAGAGUUUGACACGUUGAAAGAGGUGGACAGUCUGUACAUUUUUUUGAAUCAACAAUUCAAGUCACUGAUUUUUUUUCGACGUCCAGCUGCAUUCAUUACCACUGGCAGCGCAAACGCAUUUCAUGAAACCUGCGAGUCAAACGUCAUUACGUUAGCUGGCUAGCUACCUUUCAAUGGAACAUUUAUGAAUCUGUGCUCGGCUGUGUCAAGCCAUCAGGGUCUUUUCGUUGCGUCGUGAACAGGAACUCUCAAUUCCGCUUUCUCUUUUAGGCAGAGGAGGACAAGCCUUUUUCAAGAGGUCCUUAUUGUAGGUUCACAAUAAUUAUGGAGCAGCAGCACACGGGCUGUGUGAACCUUUGUAGUCUCACGAGCACUCUACCGGUGAUUCCCUAUCAAAAGCUGACUGACUUGCAUUACCUGAGUAAAGGUGGGUUCGGAACCGUGUUCAAGGCACAGCAUUGCGAUUGGCGGACCACCGUUGCCAUCAAGUGUCUGAAAUUGGAUUCCCCUGUUGGCGAAAGGUAUGUUUGUUCAAAUCAUUUUACUAGAUUAAGUAUGACUAUAUGCCAUUAGAUCUAAUCUGACUACAAUCAAUCAUUGCCUUGUCAGAUUUGAUUAAUGUAUCGACUAGAUAGAUCAUGACUCAAAGUUCCAUUACAUUACACAUAAGAGUCAUUAGACGAAGACGUCUUCUGUACAGGGGAGUUUUGUUAAGAGCCCCGACACUAAAUCUGAUAAUUAACAUGCGUUGCUUGCGUACCGCAACGGGUUUGGAAGCGUAAUGACAUUUAUCUUUUAUAUCAGCUAAAAAUAAUUUUCUAAAAACAAAAGGUUAAAUUGAUACACACCUUUUAUAGGGUUGCCACACAGCCACAUUUCCAUGUUACAGCAUUUAUUUACGGAAGACCUGUGCUAAUUAGUGCUCUGCGUCUCCGAACACUUUGUGUGUAAACGGAAGACAGACGCCACAAACGUAUUGUCAUUGAAAAAUACUGUCGGCUGCAACUGUGUUAAAACCGGUUAAAACAGUGUACAGUAAGUGUGUAUUUAGCAUUUGUGAAAUUAUUUUGAUAUGAUAUGAAAGUAGAGGGAUUUAUGUUUCUAGAACCGUACCCUCAAUUGAGAAUCGAUUCACAUUUAGUUGGAGUAUUUGGCUGUUUUGCCUUCCAGAGCCAAUUCGCCCUUUUUAAAUAGAAAAUGUAAGGUCCUUGGACUAAGAAGUAAAGUUAGGCUCUCCUCUAGUCCAAUAUUGGGCUAAAGGAGAAGUAGAUAUUACAAGCCUCUUGGCUAUGUGCUGAUUUGGAUGGAAAACAGUGAAAUUAAUGUAUUUUUCUAUCACUCAGAAAUGUUUCUUAUUUUCUCAAUACGCACGAAGAUUCAAUAUGAAUAUCAAUCCCUGUGUCAUUUGAAUGACUAAUGUCAAAAUGUAAUCUAAUCAUGACUGUUUACAGGGAGAGGAAUUGCCUGCUGAAGGAGGCGGAGGUGCUUCACAAGGCCAGGUUCAACUACAUCAUCCAGAUCUUCGGCGUGUGCAACGAGCCCGAGUUCUUCUGUAUCGUCACUGAGUACAUGAGCAAUGGCUCUCUGGAUCAGCUGCUUCAUGAGGUACACACCGUUUAGUAAGAACAGUGUACAUGUUCAGACAAGGGAGUCGGGACUGAAGCACAAUAAUCUUGCCAUACCAGUCUAGGGUGUUUCAUUUUCUUCUCCCACACAACUGUUUCAAAGCAGAGUAUAGGCGUAGUCUGCGUUGCAAACUCAUUUUGAAUGAAGAAGCAGUCAUUCAGGCAUUGGUAUCAGAUUGCUAUGACUGAAAAUGCAAGCGCUGCAAUGUUGGCACAAUACUUUGCAGUGGCGUUUCCUCUCAUUCCCCCUGUGAGCAUGGUUGAGAAUACAUUUGGUAAAAGGUAGAUGUUUGAGUUUCCUUUUCCUGUGGACACAUUAAAUAGCACUAGGCAUCGUUUCUUUCUCUCAUGCUCCAGUUGACAAGACACAUACCACAUUAUCUAAAGCCUUGUUUGAGUGAGCAAAGACGUGACAAGCCAGGCGUAUUAGCGGAUGAUGAAACCAACGAAGCAGGGUUGAAAAUGAAAUGUAGGCUAUAGGUUUCGGGCCACAACACUUCUGGGAAAUCACCACAAUACAUUCCAUUUCACUUUCUCACUCCCUACUUCCCCCCCCCACACACACACACACACAUUCUAUUUCCCUCUCUCUGCAACUCUUCCCAAGGUCCUUAGUGUACAAGAUAAAGUAGUGUACUAUGUUUCUGUCCACAUUUUGUUACGAUACAGCCUUAUUCUACAAUGGAUUAAAAAAUAUAAAAUAAUCCUCAUCAAUCUACACACAAUACCCCAUAAUGACAAAGCGAAAACAGGUUUAGACAUUUUUGCUAAUUUAUAAAAAUAAAAAAAAACAUAGCUUAUUCAGAUAUUCAGAUCCUUUGCUAUGAGACUCGAAAUUGAGCUCAGGUGCAUCCUUUUUCGUUGAUCAUCCUUGAGAUGUUUCUACAACUUGAUUGGAGUCCACCUGUGGUCGAAGGAAUUGUCCCUAGAGCUCCAAGACAGGAUUGUGUCAAGGCAUAGAUCUGGGGUAGGGUACCAAAAAAUGUCUGCAGCAUUGAAAGUCCCUAAUAACACAGUGGCCUCCAUCAUUCUUAAAUGGAAGAAGUUUGGAACCACCAAGACUCUUCCUGGAGCUGGACGCCCGGCCAAACUGAGUAAUCGGGGGAGAAGGGCCUUCGUCAGGGAGGUGACCAAGAACCCGAUGGUCAAGCUGACAGAGCUCCAGAGUUCCUCUGAGGAGACGGGAGAACCUUCCAGAAGGACAACCAUCUCUGCAGCACUCCACCAAUCAGGCCUUUAUAGUAGAGUGGCCAGACGGAAGCCACUCCUCAGUAAAAUGCACAUGACAGCCUGCUUGGAGUUUGCCAAAAGGCACCUAAAGGACUCUCAGAUUCUCUGGUCUGAUGAAACCAAGAUUGAACUCUUUGGCCUGAAUGCCAAGCGUCACGUCUGGAGGAAACCUGGCACAAUCCCUACGGUGAAAAAUGGUGGUGGCAGCAUCAUGCUGUGGGUAUGUUUUUCAGCGGCAGGGACUGGGAGACUAGUCAGGAUCGAGGGAAAGAUGAACGGAGCAAAGUACAGAGAGAUCCUUGAUGAAAACCUGCUCCUGAACACUCAGGACCUCAGACUGGGGCGAAGGUUCACCUUCCAACAGGACGACAACCCUUGUGAGAUUUGUUUAUGACAGUUUGCGGUGGAACACGUGAAAAUUGCAUGUACUUUCAGAAUUGUUUGGCGAGUUACUCAUAGGUGGGCUGCGAGUAACUGGUAGCUCGCUAUCGGCCCGCUGGAGACCCCUGGUGGUCACAAUGUGUUUCCUUUCUCUCCUCCCACACUCUGUAGAAGACCCUGUACCCCCUGCUGGCCUGGUCGUUGAGGCUGCGUGUCCUGUAUGAGAUAGCUCUAGGGGUUAACUUCCUACACAACAUGACCCCACCCCUCCUGCACCACGACCUCAAGACACAGAACAUUCUGCUCGACGGAGAGUUUCAUGUCAAGGUGUGUGUCAACCUCCAUCCUACUUAGCAGUUUUGUUAUUAUAUAGUCCCCUGAAUCACUGUUAGUCUACACCUGUUGUUUACAAAGCAUGUGGCAAAUAACAUUUGAUUUUUGUUUUGCUAAGUUAAGGGCAAUUUGUCUUACAUUUAAUAUGACAGUAUAGUAUUCAUGGUUCCAAUUAAACUGUUUGGUCCCACUGAAAAAGGGGGCAGGGGAGGAUCUAGAAUAUGAAUCAGCUCUCCAUCAUCCAGGGCAACCCUCCCGCAUGAACCAAUUUAAUCUUAACCUGCCCCAAUUAAGCUUCAAGCAUUAAUUUUUGAAUUUCCAUGAGAAAUAGCCUAGGCCUCCAUAUUUGAAUGAAUUUGCUGAGUCUCUGACGAUCAAUGUCUCCUUGGAGGUCCAGGGUUGUGUUCUGUAGGGAGAAAGUGUUUGAAAACUGAGCGAAACGGGGAGGUACUACCUGUACAAGAACAGAUUUUAACUUUUCAUUGCAAAACCCAGCUCUCUUAACAGGUUGUUGUCCUUGUUGUAUCCAGAUAGCAGAUUUUGGCCUGUCUAAGUGGCGUCAGCUGUCCAUCAGUAAAGGCUCAGGAUCCAAGCCACCUGAGAUGGGGGGCACCGUCAUCUACAUGCCCCCCGAGGCGUACGAACCCUCCAAGAGCCGCAGGGCAGACUCCAAACAUGACAUGUACAGGUGAGCCAACCAGAACCAGGGUUUGAGUUAUAGGACAUAGCCAGCUGGCCAGAUCUGUUUGUGCUUUAGCCGGCUCCUCUGCUAUAUUCAUGACAGUGAACAACCGAGCACCUAAAGCCCGAAGGGGGGAGGGGUGGGGGAUGUCUCAUGUUCUGACAAACACCACUGCAGCUCGGCCACUUUCCACCACAGAUGCGGAAGGCCGACAUAGGCGGAUGCGGCGGAUUGAGACGCACCCUAUGCAAAAAAACAUAUCUCUAUCUUAAACUGGCAGAUUUUGAUGGGGAUUUUUUUAUUAUGUUACUUAGAUUGAUCAAUAGACUCUUAAGGAUUAAAGGGAAGAUUGCAGCAUUAGGUUGCUGUUAAACAUUCUGAUUUAUUUCAUCCUUCCAACUAAAAGUCCCAAUACGACAUAUCACUUUACAUUUAUAGUUUUUAUAUUUCAUCCAAAUUUGACGGAAGUCAUUUCGGAAAAGUAGUGUAAAGAGCAGGAGUGAAGCCACAUAAGGUGAAGACCCACAUCAUACCAAGUCCUCCUAUUGUAAAAAUAUAUAUAUAUUCUGACACUGAAUAAAGGCAACUUAUCAUCUGACCAUAUCAUGCGAUUUCUUUAUUCUGUAUCAGCAAAAAAAAUUUGCUCACAAUACAGCUCGCAGGCUUUUAGCAUAGACCCUUUUACACCCCUGGCUUACCCCUUCUAGCUAACCACUAGCAGCCUUGAAACACAUCACUUAUCAGCAUUUCUCAUACUGUUACACAAAAUCAAGAUAAACAGUACAUCACUGGGGUCGAGCUCCCUGCCUUCCAGGACCUCUAUACCAGGCGGUGUCAGAGGAAGGCCCUAAAAAUGGUCAGACUCCAGCCACCCAAGUCAUAGACUGUUCUCUCUGAUACCGCACGGCAAGCGGUAUCGAGAGCGACAAGUCUAGGACCAAAUGGUUCCUGAAUAGCUUGUGCCCCCAAGCCAUAAUAUUGCUGAAUAGUUCAUCAAAUGGCUACCAGGACUCUAUGCACACUCACUGGACUCUACCCACACAUACUGAACUGACACUCCAACAUACAAACACACAUGCAUAUUUCUGUGGGGAUCCACCUCAUCAAAUACACAACUAGUUUCUACAACAUUCCUAGCAUAUAUUUUUCAAAAGAAGUAGCAGAAGUGUCAGCCAGUGAGAGAUUUUUCACAUAACUUUAAAGGGGGCUGAACUUCCUGAUUUUAGCCUCGGUUUCAAUUAUCCUCGUUACGAAAUGUGACUGAGAACGAGAUUUGGUUUUGGAGUCGUGCUUUGAUGUGGGUGUCUCGUGUGGGUGUGUGUUGGAACGUGGGAAGCGUUUGUACUUUCACUCUGCCAAAACGGUACACAGUUAGUCCAUCACCCUUUUAGAUCACUUCAAACAGUCCAACCAGGUCUUGUGUCUGGAAGUAGCCUAAACUAGCUAGCAAGCUAGCCAACAACUUUCGCCAAUUACCUUCAGCCGGCCGGUGUGCAACCGUGGCAAAGUUGGUUUACCUUUGGAUAGCCUAUCUGUGGGGCUAAUUUGGGACGUCAAUAAAUUACACAAUGUGAACGGAACAAUAUUUUUAUGUUGCACACCUUUUAGUUGUCUCAUUAAAUGCUUUCAAUAUUUGUAUAUGAAUUUCUACAAUUUAUAGUUGGUUUGAGGUUAAGUAAUUGAAAUUUGGAGCUAUUGACAUUAAAAAAAUAUUGUCCCAUGUACAUUGUGUAAUUUACUGAUGGUCCCUAACUAACCCCAUAGGGAUAUCAAAUGUCAAAUAAAAUGUACCAUGGGCAUUAUGAUCGGGUUGCAUGCAGCUGCACUCCGAAUUGAUGAUUACUUGGGUGCUGUGGGCAGGAUUGAAAUAAACCCAAGGAAAACUGUUAAGGUACCCUUAAUUCCGUGACAUAACAUUAUUUCCUAAUUAUCUCGCAAAUAUCCGCUUUGGACGAGACUGACUUUAUGACCAAAAUUAUCCUAUUUACACUUUGUAGUCAAUUUUGACACUAGAAUAAAUGAUUCUGACUCAUUUUUUUAUUUCACCUUUAUUUAACUAGGUAAGCCAGUUGAGAACAAGUUCUCAUUUACAACUGCGACCUGGCCAAGAUAAAGCAAAGCAGUAUCGAUGCCAGAGGCCGUUUUCAAAAGGAGAAGUUAGUUAUCACGUUCAGUUGCUAUUUAAUAGAAGAUUCUGUAUUUCAAGGCAAGUGUAGUAUUUAGCCUACGGUAAAUCAGUCCACAUUCCUCCCGGAGCAAACAGCGAGGAACUUUGUUGUGUUAAUUUCAUUGAUCUCAGCAAGUGUCUCUAGGGAGCUUGCACUUUCUAGAUUAACACCCCCUUAAAGGAACCCCUCGUUUCAGUGAAGAUGUCACAAAAGGAAAUGCUGAAAAGAGAUAUGAAACUAGCUCUUCAAGUUCCCCUAACCUGACUGAUUGACAGUCACUGGGGCCUCUGGGCAGGUGACUUGAACAGCUGUCAUCAUGACUGAGUCAUUCCGCCACUGGGGAAGUGUGUUGGCCUUUUGUGUAAGACUGAGGAAAUGAGAUUCAUGACUGAUCUUAGUAUUAUUAGACCUCCCUUUAAGGGGAAUGCUCAUCUGACAUAAAUGGUUUUUUUCUCCACAGAGGCUGCUAUUCUAACUGUGGGCCAAAUAAUACUUUUUCUUUAUGUUCCCAUUUUAGUUACGCUAUCAUUAUGUGGGAGGUGCUGGCCAGGAGGAUACCAUUUGAAGGUAAUUUAAGGUGUAGAUGUUUUUAGUUUUUUUACUGUUGGAAUGCAUUGCUUUUACAAACAUUCGUACUGUAUGUGUUUUAUGGAUGUUAAUAACCUCACUUUUAUGGGAUCAUAUAACUUAAUUCAAAAUAAAUGUCAGCUAUACGUACACAUUAGAUUAGUCAGUGACAUAUACCAAAUUCAUGAGUUAACAUUUAUGGUCCUCUGCAUGCUUGAAAAUAGGAAAACACAAAGGCCAAAUAUAGUUGGAGGCGUCAGUGGGAUUUCCAGCCGGAAGUGAUAUUACAUUAAAUCUUCAUUCAGAAGUAAAAAACUGAGUGAGCAUUUGUUUUUAUGUACAGAGGCGACCAACCCCAUGCAGAUCAUGUUCAGCGUGCUGCGGGGAGCGCGUCCGGACACAGGCCUGGACUGUCUGCCAGGGGACAUCCCCAGCAGGGAGACACUCAUCAACCUCAUGACUUUCGGCUGGACCGCCAACCCCGACGAACGGCACUCCUUCCUCCGUAAGAGACAGGACCUCUAACCUUUGACCUCAACUCGUUACCGUCACGUAGGCUGAAGUUGCCCCUAGACACAGAUCUCACAUCAGUUUGGCGCGUUCCUGCCCCAAAUGGUUAAGGUUUGGAUUUGGGGGACUUCUACCCAGAGCCCAACAAAAUACCCUUUCUUCUCAGUAAGAGAUCACCCCUAACCUUUCAUCUGACCUCACAGUAACCUUUACUGACUCAGACGGAUGCCACUCCUCUAACCUUACCUUGUUACUUGGCGCAGAAACUUCCCUUAAGAUCAACAUGCCUAACUCAAUGUUUUGUACAAUUAUUCCAUUGAUAUCAAUGUAUUAUCUAUGUAGGUGUUGUAAGUAUACAUUUGUCCCUAAAAGCUAUAGAGCCAUAACCGUCUCCACCUGUCCUGUGCAGAGUGUGUGAUGGAGCUGGAGCCAAUGCUGAGGAGGUUUGAUGAAAUCGACAUCCUGGAGGCCGUGCUGGAGGUCAAGAAGUCAAAGGUCAGUCAGUAACGAGACUGUCCAGUACACACGUCAACAGGAAAGAGUUUGGCAGGAAACAUACAGUCCCAAUUCAUUCACUAUGACUCAAGUAACCUUGUCCCCAGGCUAUCACAUGACCUCACUGUGUGUAUUGCUAAAUGUUUUAGUUCCGUUUGUGAUAGCCCCAAAUUUGAUGGCUUCAGACUUGACCAGGGUUUGGAGCAUCGUGGCUCAUUGAUAUGUCUUGAGAUGGAUGACUCACCAAAUUACGAACAGAGAGACAAACGGAUUACUUCACAUUUUGGUAGAAAUAAUCCACCAUCCCCUACUUUCACUUCAUUAUUCAACAUAAGAGGUGGAAAGAAAUGCACACAAUGAUAUGCAUCGGUUUAUAGCAGCAUAUCAUUCUCUCUCCCUCUCUCUCCCCCCCCCUCCCUCCCUCUCUCUCCCCCCCUCCCUCUCUCUCCCCCCCUCCCUCUCUCUCCCCCCCCCCCUCUCUCUCCUCCCCCCCUCUCUCUCCCCCCCCCCUCUCUCUCUCCCCCCCCCCCUCUCUCUCCUCCCCCCCCCUCUCUCUCUCCCCCCCCCUCUCUCUCCUCCCCCCCCUCUCUCUCUCCCCCUCUCUCUCUCUCCCCCUCCCCUCUCUCUCUCCCCCUCUCUCUCUCCCCCCUCCCUCCCUCUCUCUCUCCCCCCCUCCCUCCCUCUCUCCCCCCCUCCCUCCCUCUCUCCCCCCUCCCUCCCUCCCUCUCUCUCUCUCUCUCCCCCCCUCCCUCUCUCUCUCUUUCUCUAGCUGAUGAGGAGGGCAGGCUGUUACUCUGCCACACCCAUGGUGUGUGAGAAAGGGAGGGAGAAGGAGAAGUCUCUGAACAUUCUGAAGAACAACCCCAGUCCCUGGCCGCCAGUGAGUAUAAUGACCGGCUGUCCCCGGCAAAACUUUUUUUGGGUCGACAGAGAGUCGUCUGUUCUUUUGACAAAUCGAUAGGUCGAAAUUGUAAAACGUGUAUUUUUCAUUAUAUUAACACACCCUAUGUGUUUUAAUCAAAUAAACUACAUGCACUGAGCUUGUCAGAUGCUUUAAGCGCACUGUUUGAUGAAAUAAUUAAGACACACCAAUGUGGCAGUUCAUGUUCUUCAAUCGCAUUCAUCGAUCUACUCCGCCUGUCUGCAACGAACUUGAAAGUGGAACGUUGUAUCAACUGUCAGGCCCAAAGCUUUCCCUAGCGAACUAGCAACAUUGUAUCAACUAUUCUGAGCCCUCAGUUUCCCAUGCCAGUGAGCUCCGGACAGACACAGCUGUAUUUGCACAAAGUAAUCAGGUUUCCACUGGAUCAGAGCAUUACAUUUUUCCCACUAGCACCGAGGCUCGGUGGUUUUCGAAAGGGAUAGAGCUGGAAAGAUUUCACAAAUACAUUUGAGGAGCUAUUGUCAUUCUCAAUGGAUGUAAAAACAUACUUUGUUUACUUGCUGUUUUUAAGGUGAAGAAAUAAUUACUUUGCAAAGCUCCACAGCUCAUUAGUAGUGGUGAGUUAAUACUAUCAGACAUCCCCAAAUGGCCACGUUUAUACAUUUGCGCGUCGGCCAGGUAGCCUAUAGGCCUACUUCUAUUUGUAAUCAGGUCCUUACUCAACAUUGACAGGAGCGCUCCAAACAAAAGACAAUGAAUGAAUUGACAACUUGUAAAUGGAAUGAAAUAAACCAAGACUUGUGUAGCAGGUUGUGAGCUCUGCAAACAACGUGUCCACUCUGUAACGACUGUAAUAAUCAUAUAUUGAAUGUGUUAACAGAAAUGACCUUAACCAAACAAAUAUUGUAGAUUUAGAAUUUAUGGGGAUUAAUGGUAAAUGUACUACUGGUGAUAUACUGUAUGUAAUGGGGAAUUGAUAGACACUAACAAAGGGCAAACUAUUUACACGAUUAAGUUAUGAAACAAUGAAUGCAAACGAAUUGGCGGGAGAGAGCGCAUUCUGGAGAGAGACACGCCUUGUGCAUUUUAGCCCCACACUCCUUUUUUUCUUGACGCAACAUUUUAAAUUAUACCCAAGACACAUUAUCUUCACACAUACUGUAGGCCUAAGGAAUACUCUCAUGAACUGUGGCAGGACCAAAGCAGAAGCCAUUUAUGGAAAACCAAUGCAAUUUCACUAAUUUAUCAAAUUGCUUGGUGUGCCAAGGCAAAUACCCUCAUGGCACGCGUGCCUUACGUUGCCGUGGCCUGCCCACGCGUGCCUUACGUUGCCGUGGCCUGUCCACGCGUGCCUUACGUUGCCGUGGCCUGCCCACGCGUGCCUUACGUUGCCGUGGCCUGUCCACGCGUGCCUUACGUUGCCAUGGCCUGCCCACGCGUGCCUUACGUUGCCAUGGCCUGUCCACGCGUGCCUUCCGUUGCCAUGGCCUGUCCACGCGUGCCUUCCGUUGCCAUGGCCUGCCCACGCGUGCCUUACGUUGCCAUGGCCUGUCCACGCGUGCCUUACGUUGCCAUGGCCUGUCCACGCGUGCCUUCCGUUGCCAUGGCCUGUCCACGCGUGCCUUCCGUUGCCAUGGCCUGUCCACGCGUGCCUUCCGUUGCCAUGGCCUGUCCACGCGUGCCUUACGUUGCCAUGGCCUGCCCACGCGUGCCUUCCGUUGCCAUGGCCUGCCCACGCGUGCCUUCCGUUGCCAUGGCCUGUCCACGCGUGCCUUCCGUUGCCAUGGCCUGCCCACGCGUGCCUUACGUUGCCAUGGCCUGCCCACGCGUGCCUUACGUUGCCAUGGCCUGUCCACGCGUGCCUUCCGUUGCCAUGGCCUGUCCACGCGUGCCUUCCGUUGCCAUGGCCUGCCCACGCGUGCCUUACGUUGCCAUGGCCUGUCCACGCGUGCCUUACGUUGCCAUGGCCUGUCCACGCGUGCCUUACGUUGCCAUGGCCUGCCCACGCGUGCCUUACGUUGCCAUGGCCUGCCCACGCGUGCCUUACGUUGCCAUGGCCUGUCCACGCGUGCCUUCCGUUGCCAUGGCCUGUCCACGCGUGCCUUACGUUGCCAUGGCCUGUUCACGCGUGCCUUACGUUGCCAUGGCCUGUCCACGCGUGCCUUACGUUGCCAUGGCCUGUGCCAUCCCCGCAGCCUCCACAAUGGAUUAGUCCAGGCACCAAUCAGACAGGUGUCUUAUGUGUCAUGAAAAAAUAUAUAUAUUUGCGACCACUUAACAAAAAAAAAUAUGUUAACCAACAGCCUGAAUACUUUCUGAAGGCACUGUAUAUAUCUGUUUUUUUAGAGCCAGUUUACUCUUAUGCGUAGCUGUGCGUGUGCAUGUUUUUACCAUGCUGUGUCUCUGCCAUAGGGAAGCUCCACCUCUGGCUCUGGGUCUUGCUCCUCCCAGGACACGGACUUCUCCCAACCAAGCUCCCUCACUAGCACCAAUGCUCCGCCUUCUAAAGGUAAAUCCGCCCACUUUCCUGUACUGUGAUUGACAGCUGUGAUUGACAGUUAACUUUUUGCCCUGAAGGGAAAUAAUGAUUUUCCUGAGUUUUAGUCUGUUUCUGCAUUGUAUACGAGUUGAUACCCAGUUCUCUUUGUCUUCUCCCACAUCUCUUUCCUUUAGUUCAGGGGUGUCAAACGUCCGGCCCGCGGGCCAGAUCAGGCCCGCAAACGGGUUUAAUCCGGCCCGCGAGAUGAUAAAAAAAAAAAAUAUAUAUAUAUAUAUAUAUUUUUUUAAUUUUUUUGUAAAGUAUAAAAAUGCGCUGCAAUUUUUCAAUAAAAUAAACUGCUGUUCCAAUUGCGUCCACUGGAUGGCGCAAUAGCAAUUGUGUUAAGCAAGCAAACUGUUUAUACCGGGGCAGAGCAAGUAGGUCAAGCACGUGCAGCCAAUGAGCUACUUUGUUUUGCCCGCAAUAUUUAUUACGGCUUCUACUUUUAACAUUAUGUGCUUUGGCACCCUCAUUGCCCCAAUAUGUCUCUGUCAAAAAAGAGAAAAGUGGACGCAGAGUGUUCCAAGAAAAAUGGUCAUCCUAUUUAUUCACGGAAUUGAAUGGGAAAGCUGUAUGUUUGGUGUGUUCAGAGCAUGUUGCAGUGCUGAAAUAAUAUAACCUUCGUCGCCACUAUGUGAGUCUUCAUGCCGACAAAUAUGACAACUUUCAAGGACAGCGGAGAUGAGAGAAGGUGAAUGAACUGUUGGCGGGUCUGAAGAAACAGCAGUCUGUGUUUACUCACAGCCGAGACAUCAGUGACGCUGCAGUGAAAGCUAGCUACCUCAUUGCUAAUGAAAUCGCAGUGACUUCAAAACCAUUUAGUGAGGGUGAAUUUGUAAAAACAUGCAUGAUGAAGGCAGCGGAGAUUGUGUGCCCUGAAAAGCGGCAGGCUUUUGCAAAUAUCAGCCUGACAAGAAACACAGUUGCAGACAGGAUUUCCGAUCUUUCAGUGGAUUUGGACAGCCAGUUGAAGCAAAAAGUAAAGUCAUUUAUUGCGUUUUCGGUUGCAAUUGAUGAAAGCACGGACAUUACAGAUGUUGCACAACUGGCCAUUUUCAUCCGCGGAGUUGAUGACACAUUGACCGUCACCGAGGAGUUCGUGGAGUUGGUGCCGAUGACAGAUACAACGACAGCAGCUGAUAUUUUUACCGCACUCGUCGGCGCGCUGGACAGGGUCGGAGUGGACUGGUCCCGCGCUGUCAGCCUGGCUACAGAUGGUGCGCCCUCAAUGAUCGGGAAAAAAGCAGGCGUUGUGACAAAGUUCAGAGAGAAAGUGCAAUCUGCAAAUGGAGGACGUGAUUUUUUGACUUUUCACUGUAUUUUGCACCAGGAGGCUUUGUGUUGCAAGUCAUUAAAGAUGGAUAACGUCAUGAAGGUGGUCAUCCAAACUGUUAAUUUCAUCCGAUCCAGAAGCCUGAAUCACCGUCAGUUUGACAGCCUUCUCAGAGAGAAAGACCACAUCUAUGGCCUGCCAUACCACACUGAGGUAAGAUGGUUAAGCCGAGGUGCUGUGCUGAGGCGUUUCUUUGAUUUACGAGAAGAAAUUGAACAGUUCAUGGAAGAAAAGGGCAAACCAGUGUUAGAAUUUCAUUCCGCAGAAUGGAUGCAGGACCUUGCAUUUAUGGUGGAUGUUACAGAGCGCCUGAAUAACUUGAACAAACAGCUGCAAGGGCGCAACAAAGUUGCCACGCAGUAUUAUGACAGCAUACGUUCUUUCAAGUUGAAGCUGUCAUUGUAGGAGACGCAACUCGCCGGUGGUGAUGCAGCUCACUUCCCCUGUCUGAAAAAUGUGUGCGCGACCCAACAUGUGGCAGACAUGAAGCGGUUCAAAGAUAAAAUAACGGGACUGUUACGGGAGUUUGAGCAACGCUUUCAGAUUUAUGUUUAUAUGUUUUUAUGUUGAUGUGCUAUUGUUUUUAAUUGAUUUUAUUUUAUUUGUAUAUUUAACCUAUUCUUGACUCUGUGGUUCUUGCACUUGUUUGGGGAACAGGAUUUCAUUAUUUUUAUCUACAUUUCUGCCUGAGAAAUGACACCCUGAUUAUAGAUCUGAAACAGUUCUGUUAAUCACUGAGGCAUUGUGUGUUUGUGUGUUCUUUUUCUUUAGAAUUUUCAAAUAAACUUGACGUGUUAUGAUUAAUAGUGAUGUUGUGCUUGUACUAUUUUGGACACACUGUCCUCAGGCUCCAGCUUUAUGUUGUAUGUUGAUCGUAUUAAAACAAAGAAAACAAUCUGAAGUUGUUGUUUUUAAGUUAUAUAUACCAUGAUUUUUCCGGUCCGGCCCACUUGGGAAUAUAUUUUCCUCCAUGUGGCCCCUGAGCUAAAAUGAGUUUGACACCCCUGCUUUAGUUAAUGAGGAGGAACUUCCUCCCUGGAGAAAAGCCUCCUCUGAUUGACACCCACCUCUCCUUGUCUCCCCCCAACCCCUCCUCUUCCUCAUGCCUCCUAGAAGUGUCCCCCUCGUUGUUCAUGCCCCACACCCUGGAGCCUCCGCAGCCCCUCAGAGAGCAGAGCCUGGGGGACAACAACCUCAACUACCCCCAGAGCGCCCGGCCCCUGGACGAGCUCAACAUUCCCCUCAAACCGGGCCUGCCUGAAACGGAGUGUGUGACUCAUCUGGACAACCUCACCCUGAAGCCACAUCCAUUACAACCCCAGCCAGGUAACGGAGGUAGAAGUUCAAAAUUAAAUCACAUGACACAACUAACAUUACACUCUCCUAGUCUCACUACCUACAGUUGAAGUAGGAAGUUUACAUACACUUAGGUUGGAGUCAUUAAAACUCGUUUUUCAACCACUUCACACAUUUCUUGUUAACAAACUAUAGUUUUGGCAAGUCUGUUAGGACAUCUACUUUGUACAUGACACAAGUAAUUUUUCCAACAAUUGUUUACAGACAGAUUAUUUAACCUAUAAUUCACUUUAUCACAAUUCCAGUGGGUCAGAAGUUUACAUACACUAAGUUGACAGUGCCUUUAAACAGCUUGGAAAAUUCCAAAAAAUUAUGUCAUGGCUUUAAAAACUUCUGAUAGGCUAAUUGACAUCAUUUGAGUCAAUUGGAGGUGUACCUGUGGAUGUAUUUCAAGGCCUACCUUCAAACUCAGUGCCUCUUUGCUUGACAUCAUGGGGAAAUCAAAAGAAAUCAGCCAAGACCUCAGAAAAAUAAUUGUAGACCUCCACAAGUCUGGUUCAUCCUUGGGAGCAAUUUCCAAACGCCUGAAGGUACCACGUUCAUCUGUACAAACAAUAGUACGCAAGUAUAAACACCAUGGGACCACGCAGCCGUCAUACCGCUCAGGAAGGAGACGCGUUCUGUCUCCUAGAGAUUAACGUACUUUGGUGUGCGAAAAGUGCAAAUCAAUCCCAGAACAACAGCAAAGGACCUUGUGAAGAUGCUGGAGGAAACAGGUACAAAAGUAUCUAUAUUCACAGUAAAACAAGUCCUGUAUCGACAUAACCUGAAAGGCCGCUCAGCAAGAAAGAAGCCACUGCUCCAAAACCGCCAUAAAAAAGACAGACUACGGUUUGCAAAUGCACAUGGGGACAAAGAUCGUACUUUUUGGAGAAAUGUCCUCUGGUCUGAUGAAACAAAAAUAGAACUAUUUGGCCAUAAUGACCAUCUUUAUGUUUGGAGGAAAAAGGGGAUUGCUUGCAAGCCGAAGAACACCAUCCCAACCGUGAAGCACGGGGGUGGCAGUAUCAUGCUGUGGAGGUGCUUUGCUGCAGGAGGGACUGGUGCAUUUCACGAAAUAGAUGGCAUCAUGAGGAAGGAAAAUUAUGUGGAUAUAUUGAAGCAACAUCUCAAGACAUCAGUCAGGAAGUUAAAGCUUGGUCGCAAAUGGGUCUUCCAAAUGGACAAUAACCCCAAGCAUACUUCCAAAGUUGUGGCAAAAUGGCUUAAGGACAACAAAGUCAAGGUAUUGGAGUGGCCAUCACAAAGCCCUGACCUCAAUCCUAUAGAAAAUGUGUGGGCAGAACUGAAAAAGCGUGUGCGAGCAAGGAGGCCUACAAACCUGACUCGGUUAAACCAGCUCUGUCAGGAGGAAUGGGCCAAAAUUCACCCAACUUAUUGUGGGAAGCUUGUGGAAGGCUACUCGAAACGUUUGACCCAAGUUAAACAAUUUAAAGGCAAUGCUACCAAAUACUAAUUGAGUGUAUGUAAACUUCUGACCCACUGGGAAUGUGAUGAAAGAAAUAAAAGCUGAAAUAAAUAAUUCUCUCUACUAUUAUUCUGACAUUUCACAUUCUUAAAACAAAGUGGUGAUCCUAACUGACCUAAGAGAGGAAUUGUUACUAGGAUUAAAUGUCAGGAAUUGUGAAAAACUGAGUUUACAAUGAGGGGAAAAGUAUUUGAUCCCCUGCUGAUUUUGUACGUUUGCCCACUGACAAAGAAAUGAUCAGUCUUUAAUUUUAAUGGUUGGAGACAGAAUAACAACCAAAAAAUCAAGAAAAACGCAUGUCAAAAAUGUUAUAAAUUGAUUUGCAUUUUCAUCAGAAAACAUUCUGGUUCCCAGGUGUCUUUUAUACAGGUAACGAGCUGAGAUUAGGAGCACACUCUUAAAGGGAGUGCUCCUAAUCUCAGUUUGUUACCUGUAUAAAAGACACCUGUCCACAGAAGCAAUCAAUCAAUCAAAUUCCAAAUUCUCCCCCAUGGCCAAGACCAAAGAGCUCUCCAAGGAUGUCAGGGACAAGAUUGUAGACCUACACAAGGCUGGAAUGGGUUACAAGACCAUCGCCAAGCAGCUUGGUGAGAAGGUGACAACAGUUGGUGCGAUUAUUCGCAAAUGGAAAAAACACAAAAGAACUGUCAAUCUCCCUCGGACUGGGGCUCCAUGCAAGAUCUCACCUCAUGGAGUUGCAAUGAUCAUGAGAACGGUGAGGAAUCAGCCCAGAACUACAUGGGAGGAUCUUGUCAAUGAUCUCAAGGCAGCUGGGACCAUAGUCACCAAGAAAACAAUUGGUAACACACUAUGCCGUGAAGGACUGAAAUCCUACAGCGCCCGCAAGGUCCCUCUGCUCAAGAAAGCACAUACAGGCCUGUCUGAAGUUUGCCAAUGAACAUCUGAAUGAUUCAGAGGAAAACUGGAUGAAGGUCUCUCCCGAGUGGCGCAGUGGUCUAAGGCACUGCAUCACAGUGCUAGCUGUGCCGCUAGAGAUCCUGUUUAGAAUCCAGGCUCUGUCGUAGCCGGCGGCGACCGGGAGACCCAUGGGGCGGCGCACAAUUGUCCCAGCGUCGUCCAGGGUAGGAGAGUGAGGGAUGUAGCUCAGUUGGUGGAGCAUGGCGUUUUGCAACGCCAGGGUUGUGUGUUUGUUUUCCCACGGGGGUUUUGACAUUUUUUUUUAAAUAAAAAAAUAAUGUAAGUCGCUCUGGAUAAGAGCGUUUGCUAAAUGACAAAAAAUAAACAAACAAAAGUGUUGUGGUCAGAUGAGACCAAAUUCGAGCUCUUUGGCAUCAACUCAACUCGCCAUGUUUGGAGGAGGAGGAAUGCUGCCUAUGACCCCAAGAACACCAUCCCCACCGUCAAACAUGGAGGUAGAAACAUUAUGCUUUGGGGGUGUUUUUCUGCUAAGGAGACAGGUCAACUUCACCGCAUCAAAGGGACGAUGGACUGGGCCAUGUACCGUCAAAUCUUGGGUGAGAACCUCCUUCCCUCAGCCAGGACAAUGAACCAAAACACACAGCCAAGGCAACAAAGGAGUGGCUCAAGAAGAAGCACAUUAAGGACCUGGAGUGGCCUAUCCAGUCUCCAGACCUUAAUCCCAUAGAAAAUCUGUGGAGGGAGCUGAAGGUUCGAGUUGCCAAACGUCAGCCUCGAAACCUUAAUGACCUGGAGAAGAUCUGCAAAAUAGGAGUGGAACAAAAUCCCUCCUGAGAUGUGUGCAAACCUGGUGGCCAACUACAAGAAACGUCUGACCUCUGUGAUUGCCACCAAGUACUAAGUCACGUUUUGCAGAGGGGUCAAAUACUUAUUUCCCUCAUUAAAAUGCAAAUCAGUUCAUAACAUUUUUGACAUUUUUUACAAUUUUUUUUGUUAUUCUGUCUCUCACUGUUCAAAUAACCCUACCAUUAAAAUUAUAGACUGAUCAUGUCUUUGUUAGUGGGCAAAUUUACAAAAUCAGCAGGGGAUCAAAUACUUUUUUCCCUCACUGUAAAUACAUACAUACAGUACCAGUCAAAAGUUUGGACACACCUACUCAUUCCAGGGUUUUUCUUUAUUUUGGCUAUUUUCUACAUUGUAGAAUAAUAGUGAAGACAUCAAAAUGAAAUAACACAUAUGGAAUCAUGUAGUAACCAAAAAAGUGUUAAAACAAAUCAAAAUAUAUUGUAUAAUUGAGAUUCUUCAAUGUAGCCACCCUUUGCCUUGAUGACAGCUUUGCACACUCUUGGCAUUCUCUCAACCAGCUUCAUGAGGUAGUCACCUGGAAUGCAUUUCAAUUAACAGGUGUGCCUUCUUAAAAGUUAAUUUGUGGAAUUUCUUUCCUUCUUAUUGCAUUUGAGCCAAUCAGUUGUGUUGUGACAAGGUAGGGUUGGUAUACAGAAGAUAGCUAUAUUUGGUAAAAUACCAAGUCCAUAUUAUGGCAAGAACAGCUCAAGUAAGCAAAGAGAAACGACAGUCCAUCAUUACUUUAAGACACGAAGGUCAGUCAAUACGGAAGAACUUUGAAAGUUUCUUCAAGUGCAGUCGCAAAAACCAUAAAGCGCUAUGAUGAAACUGGCUCUCAUGAGGACCGCCACAGGAAAGGAAGACCCAGAGUUACCUCUGCUGCAGAGGAUAUGUUCAUUAGAGCUGGUGACACAGUCUGUGAUUUAUUUUGAAUUCAAGGCACACUUAACCAGCAUGGCUACCACAGCAUUCUGCAGCGAUACGCCACCCCAUCUGGUUUGGGCUUAGUGGGACUAUCAUUUGAUUUUCAACAGGACAAUGACCCAACAUACCUCCAGACUGUGUAAGGGCUAUUUUACCAAAAAGCAGAGUGAUGGAGUGGUGCAUCAGAUGACCUGGCCUCCACGAACCCCCGACCUCAACCAAAAUAAGAUGGUUUGGGAUGAGUCGGACGGCAGAGUGAAGGAAAAGCAGCCAACAAGUGCUCAGCAUAUGUGGGAACUCCUUCAAGACUGUUGGAAAAGCAUUCCAGGUGAAGCUGGUUGAGAGAAUGCCAAGAGUGUGCAAAGCGGUCAUCAAGGCAAAUGGUGGCUAUUUGAAGAAUCUCAAAUGUAAAAUAUAUUUUGAUAUUUUUUGGUUACUACAUGAUUCCAUGUGUGUUAUUUCAUAGUUUUGAAGUGUUCUAUUAUUCUACAAUGUAGACAAUAGUAAAAGAAAAACCCUUGAAUGAGUAGUUGUUCUAAAACUUUUGACCAGUAGCAUGCAUACACACACACACACACACACACUGAACUAAUAUAUGAACGCAACAUGUAAAAUGUUGGUCCCAUGUUUUAUGAGAUGAAAUAAAAGAUCACAAAUGUUCCAUAUGCAAAAAAAGCUUAUUUAGCUCAAAUUGUGUGCACAAAUUUGUUUACAUCCCUGUUAUUGAGCAUUUCCCCUUUGCCAAGAUAAUCCAUCCACCUGACAGGUGUGGCAUAUCAAGAAGCUGAUUAAACUGCCUGAUCAUUACAGGCUCACCUUGUGCAGUUUUGUCACACAAUACAAUGCAAUGCCAAAGAUGUCUCAAGUUUUGAGGGAGCGUGCAAUUGGCAUACUGACUGCAGGAAUAUCCACCAGAGCUGUUGCCAGAGAAUGAAAUGUUCAUUUCUCUACCAUAAGCCACCUCAAUGUCAUUUUAGAGAAUUUGGCAAUAUUUCCUACCGACCUCACAACCGCAGACCAUGUGUAACCACCCCAGCCCAGGACCUCCACAUCCGGCUUCUUCACCUGCGGGAUCGUCUAAGACUAGCCACCCGGACAGCUGAUGAAACUUUGGGUUUGUACAACAGAAUAAUUUCUGCACAAACUGUCAGGAACCGUUUCAGGGAAGCUUAUCUGCAUGCUCGUUGUCCUCACCAGGGUCUUGACCUGAUUGCAGUUCGGCGUUGUUGUAACCGAUUUCAGUGGGCAAAUGCUUACCUUCGAUGGCCACUGGCACGCUGGAGAAGUGUGCUCUUUACGGCUGAAUCCCGGUUUCAACUGUACCGGCCAGAUGGCAGACAGUGUACAGUGUUCCAGUUCCCGCCAAUGUCCAGCAACUUCGCACAGCAAUUGAAGAGGAGUGGGACAACAUUCCACAGGCCACAAUCAACAGCCUGAUCAACUCAAUGUGAAGGAGCUGUCGUGCUGCAUGAGGCAAAUGGUGGUCACACCAGAUACUGACUGGUUUUCUGAUCCACGCCCCUACCUUUUCUUGUGAUGUAUAUGUGACUGUCGUGGAGAAUUAUCCCUAUACUUAUUAAAAAUCAAAGUUCUUCCAGAGUUUGGUAGAAUCAAGAUAGACUUUAUUACAUAACGCAAACAAAAGCUGAACUGGGCUGCAGAGCAACUGAACUCCCAACACUUGGCCCUCUGUUUAUAUACAGUUCUAUUCCUACACAUUUUACAUACUUUUUAGCCUAAUCCCUCCCUGUUUAGUUCUUCCACCAUUGUCCCCAAAUCAACAUAUUUUGACCGCUCCGCCCAAUCUCUUAAUUUGACUUCUCCUCCUCCAAUGUAUUCAGACUUGGAAAAAAUAGUGGCAGGACCAAGCUUUCUCAUACAAAAAAAAACAUAUCUUAUCAGUCAGGAGAAGCCUUGAGAUUAGGGAGCGCACACUCAUGCAGCCUGUCCCAGUUCACCAGCUUCAGAGAUAGGCCCCCUCUGCACAGUCUCCAGCCACAAAUACAUUUGCACAUAAAACAUCCCAUCAAACCAAUAUCACAUUAUAAAACAUAUCAAUCAAUGCUUAAAGAUGAUUUAAACAUGGCAGGUCCAUAACCCAUUCUCAACCAUAUACAUUUUUAAAAGACAUUCCUAACAGCCAUCCUCCCUGGACCUUGAGCAAGAAACCUAUGGUUUCUUCUUGUGACUGUGUAUGUGGCUAUGUGUGUCAGGUCAUAGCGCACAAACAAGUGAUAACGUUACUUCCGUUGCUACUCCUAUCUCUACACAGCUGCACCCUUGGAAGAUAGUAAAAGACAGGAUGAACUGAAAAACCUGUGGUCAUUCUGAGGCUCUUUGUUUUAACCGUGUGACCGGAUUACUCUGAAGCAACAAGAAACAAUACAGGUCUAUACAGGUCUAUCUGUUCCUGAAGUUUAUCUCUAUCCCAUGUCCUUGACUACACGCCCAGACCAGCUGCAAAGAGCUAGAGGGAACCAUCCUUUCUCAGAAGCACAGCAUUUGCACUAAAGAAAUGUCUCUACUAUUGUUAAGCAUAUUAUAAUAUAUGUAAUGGAAAAAUACCUAUAGAGCCAUUUCAUCAUGGCUCUGUUUUAACCCUUUAAUUGGUUGUUAAUCCAUAAGCAUAUAGGGCAUAUAGGCAUUUCAUUCUACAACAUGCAUAAUCCAUAUAAUUGGUUUGUUAUGUUGUCUAAGUAGUUAACUAAAAAUCUCCAAUAUGACCAACAUAUGCAUAUCUGUAUUCCCAGUCAUGUGAAAGCCAUAGAUUAGGGCCUAAUGAAUUUAUUUCAAUUGACUGAUUUCCUUAUAUGAACUGUAACUCAGUAAAAUCUUUGAAAUUGUUGCAUUGUAUAUAUUUAUUUAUUUUGAGUGUACAAAACAUAAGGAACACAAGAGACUGGCCAGGUGAAUCCAGGGAAAAGCUAUGAUCCUUAUUGAUGUCACCAGUUAAAUCCACUUCAAUCAGUGUAGAUGAAGGGGAGGAGACAUGUAAAAUAAGGAUUUUUAAGCCUUGAGACAUGGAUUGUGUAUGUGUGCCAUUCGGAGGGUGAAUGGGCAAGACAAAAGAUUUAAGAGCCUUUGAACAGGGUAUGGUAGUAGAUGCCAGGCGCACCGGUUUGAGUGCGUCAAGAACUGCAACGCUGCUGGGUUUUUCACGCUCAACAGUUUCCCGUGUGUGUCAAGAAUGGUCCACCACCCAAAGGACAAGCAGCCAACUUGACAUAAUUGUGGGAAGCAUUUGAGUCAACAUGGGCCAGCAUCCCUGUGGAACUCUUUCAACAGUUUGUAGAGAAUUGAGGCUGUUGUGAGGGCAAAAGGGGAGCACUAAAUAUUAGGAAGGUAAUCCUAAUGUUUUGUACACUGUGUGUGUGUGUGUGUGUGUGAACAGCAGUUGUCCAAGAACAGAGCCUUGAGGAACACUGAAAACGUUGUCCUAUCUAAGGUAUGUGUUGAUGUUCCUCAAGGCUCUGUUCUCAGGCCACUACUGUUCCAAUUAUGUAUAUUACCUCUACUUACUUUGGCUUUACCCCCACCCUCUACAGACUUCAACCCACCUUCGGAUCCCCCCGACCUCACGCUGGGCCCUGUGGCGCGCUGGAUCGCAGUACGGCGCGAGGAUAUCGUUUCCCAGAUGACGGAGGCCUGUCUGAACCAGAGCCUGGAUGCCCUGCUGGCGCGCUCUCUCCUGAUGCUCGAGGACUACGAGCUGGUGGUGAACCGGGUCACGCGCACCGCCAAGGUACGCCAGCUCCUUGACACCUGCCAUCGCCACAGCGAGGACUUCUGCCGUGUGGUGGUCCGCAAGCUCCAGGACAACAAGCAACUGGGCCUGCAGCCGUACCCCCCAGAGCUCAGCUCCCCAGUAGCCGUGCCAAGCCCCAGCUCACCCCCACUCUCUGUGUCCUACAACAACCCUAGGAAAUACUAGAACAGAACUUGUCCAGAGAAGACCAGAGACCAGAAAGACUGUAAACUGUUUAAGACUUUUAGCUCAUUGAGCUAGGUGGUGGAAGAAUUCUCUAUGGUCUGUUAGUCCUGGGUUAUAUUCAUUAGGCACCAAAUGGAAGAAAACGGACUGAAACAGGGAGGGACUACCUGAAU